GUCGAGCAUUCGUCGAGGUUGGAAGAGGGGGAUUUGCCUCAGCGUCAGAUGUCUCUGGGCCCCGUCCACAAAUUCUCAGCGACCCCGUGUAACGCGACCUGUGCAGGAGGAUCGAAACUGGCGUCCCAAAACCCAAACCUCAACGAAAAUACGGACCAUGGUUCGAGACCUGACUUUUUGGCCGAGAUAUCUUGCGUCCCUCUUGCUUGUGCCUCGCGCCGUCGCCUGGACGCUCCUUUGGCGGAACGAGACCACCACUUCCUCAGUCGAAGACGGGCAAUCGGCCCAAAACUGCACACAAAUAUGGCACGAAGAAGGUAGACAGUUCUCAUGGGAUCCAGAAGGGCCCUGGUGUCUCAAAUUCUACUCAGAUCCAUUAUGCGACUACAGUAACGGAAUCUCCUGCGAGGGCCGUCUCUGGAAACAGCAGGCCACGCAAAACAUCUCCGCAUUCUCGGUCUACCCAAUGCCCGAUUCCUCUGUGACCGCCUUUGGAUUCGCCUCGAGCACAGCUAUUCCCACAACGACCACAGCGGCGACGUCUACACCCACUGAUGCCAAUGCCGAGCAAACACCAGUAGCAGAAACCGCCUCAGGCGGCAGCAGCAGACUUUCGGCUGGUGCCAUCGCCGGUAUCGCCGUCGGCGCCGCUGCUGCCGUCGCUUUGCUCUGUGCUGUAUUCUUCUAUCUUGGCCGUCGUAGCAGACGCAAGGCUGCUGCGGCUGCCGCCGUUGCGGCUACGUCGUUACCUAGAUCCGACUCGCCAUCUGCGGCUCCGCUGAAUACGAGCAGUAGCACGAACCCAUCUUCUCCACCUUCUGAUGAUGUGAGCUCAAGCGCGACCUUGGCAGUUUCGGGUACGGUCGCCGAGCUACCAAAACCACCUAUGGUGGAGGACCAACACGUCUCGCCGCCAGACUACAUUCAGCCACCGAACGGGACCCGAAUGAUUGAGCUGCCGGGUCAGACUCCGGAAGUUGAGCUCAGCAACACACACCAAGUGCAGGAGAUGAGCGUCUCACGCCAGAUCCAGGAGCUUGAAGGGCAUGGGACUGAGAAACGAAGACUAUAGGAUGUCGCUCCGUAUCGCUCUCUUGGUAGAGGUGAACGAUUUUGUGCUUUGCUAUUGGUGCUUGUUAGCGAUGGGCUGGUUACGGAUUCCCUAUUCUUGAAAUUGCAGUCAUGUACGUAUAAGCGUUUAAGCGUCUUCUAUCAAUAUAUACCCAAAAUUUCAUU